AUCUUCACCUCAUCCAUCACGGUUGUACCUUGCGAAGACGGCUCUACCCACGACGAAAGCAACACUGGGCAAGUCGCUGUUAAGGAGACAUACGAAUUGCAGUAAGAUUCAGAUUCACAUCCUUUUCAUACUCGCUGUCAAUCUUGCCCAGAAACUAACCAGUCCUCCAGCUUAAUACCGUGUUAGCGACUUGAUCAACACUGUCAUCCGGAUUGAGCGAGGUGUCACGACUGCUCACGAUUCGUACUGUGUCAGUAGCCUCGAAAUUGCGCCGACUGGUCCUGAAAGUGACUGUGUCUCGAUCUUCAGCGCACUGUCCGAGAAUUUAACCUCAUUGCCCCUUUGGCCCAUCAACCCUUCAACGACAUCCAGGUUAUCGCCAGAACCCUGCUGUCGAUAUUCUUUGCUGGAGCCUACUGAGUAGAUACGCCAACCUACAGCCGUCUCAUCCAAUCAUGGCGCCCGCACGCCAACCGCCCCAGCCCUUCUCCAAGGAUGAGAAGGUUCUCUGUUUCCAUGGUGAGAUGCUAUAUGAGGCCAAGAUUCUCGACAUCCAGCCUGCCGAGAGUGGCGAAGGCUUCCAGUAUCGCAUUCACUACAAGGGCUGGAAGAACACUUGGGACGACUGGGUUUCUAUCGAUCGCAUCCGCAAGUUCACGGAGGAGAAUAAGGAGCUUGCCAGCCAGCUGCACGCCCAGAUGAAGGACCUACGCCAGAAGAGCAGUGCCAAACCCCCCAAGAAGGGCAAUCUUCGUGUCAAUGGGACCGACUCAGCUCGCGGUAGUGAGGAGCGAACUGCGGGUGUCGCUGCCACUGGCCGUGGCCCUCGCCGGGCGAGAGAUUUUGACCUCGAGCAGGAGGAUGGAUUUCAUGCACGCCCGUCCAUCAAGCUUCCCAUCCCUGAUCAUAUCAAGGCGAUGCUUGUUGACGACUGGGAGAACAUCACCAAGAACAAUCAGCUGGUCCCGCUUCCUCACCCUCACCCCGUUGACGACAUUUUGAGCGACUACCUCAACUACGAGCGCCCGAAUAGGGAAGAUGGUUCAGCAAACAUGGACAUUCUUGAAGAAGUUGUUGCAGGACUUCGCGAGUACUUUGAGAAGUCUUUGAGCCGUAUCUUACUGUACCGAUUUGAGCGCCCCCAGUACCAUGAGAUUCGCAAGGUGUGGGAGAAGGCUGGCGAGGAAGACAAGCACAAGUCUGUCUGCGAUACCUAUGGACCUGAACACUUGUGCCGCCUGAUGGUGUCUCUUCCCGAGCUCGUUGCUCAGACAAACAUGGACCAGCAAUCCGUGGCGCGUCUGCGUGAGGAACUCUCCAAGCUCACCGUCUGGCUCGGCAAGAACGCAAAGAACUACUUUGUCAGCGAAUAUGAGACUCCUUCUCAGGAGUAUAUCGACAAGGCUCGGAGCUUCUAGGCGGCCAGGCCUCAUCUUGCAUCUGAGUCAAACGGUUAGCCGACUAAACGGCAGACAGUUUGACGUUUCAUCUUGACUUUUUCUUUGCGUUAUUGGAAUCCCAGCACCUGGUCAUACAGGCUUGGUGAGGGGUUUAGUUGGAGGUGUGGAAAAUGGACAUCCAGC